AAACCCUAGUUCGCAGUUUCUAAACAUCUCUCUCUCCAUCUUCCCGUCUCCGUCUCUCUCACCGUCGUCGUCUGAUCGCUUUAGAGUAACCAUGCCUCAGGGAGAUUACAUAGAGCAACACAGGAAGAGGUAUGGAUAUCGCCUCGACCACCAUGAGCGCUUGCGCAAGAAGGAGGCUCGUGCAGCUCACAAGCACUCCACCAUGGCUCAGAAGUCUCUAGGUAUCAAGGGUAAGAUGAUUGCUAAGAAGAACUAUGCUGAGAAAGCUCUCAUGAAGAAAACAUUGAAAAUGCAUGAGGAGUCAUCAUCAAGGCGUAAGGCUGAUGAGAAUGUUCAAGAAGGAGCUGUUCCUGCUUAUCUUCUUGAUCGUGAAGAGACCACUCGGGCCAAGGUUCUUAGUAACACCAUUAAGCAAAAGAGGAAAGAGAAAGCUGGCAAAUGGGAGGUUCCUCUUCCAAAGGUCCGUCCAGUCGCUGAAGAUGAAAUGUUCAGAGUGAUCCGAUCUGGGAAAAGGAAAACAAAGCAAUGGAAGCGGAUGGUUACAAAAGCUACAUUUGUUGGACCUGCUUUCACAAGGAAGCCUCCGAAGUACGAGCGUUUCAUCCGUCCAUCUGGGCUACGUUUCACCAAGGCUCACGUCACUCAUCCUGAACUUAAGUGUACUUUCUGUCUUGAGAUCAUCGGAGUUAAGAAGAAUCCUAACGGUCCCAUGUAUACAUCACUUGGUGUCAUGACCAGGGGAACCAUCAUUGAGGUCAAUGUGAGUGAGCUUGGCCUUGUUACACCUGCAGGAAAGGUUGUUUGGGGGAAAUACGCUCAAGUGACUAACAAUCCCGAGAAUGACGGAUGUAUAAAUGCUGUUUUACUUGUGUAAUCAAAUGUCAGGCAUUGUCGAAGAAUUAUUAUGGAUAGAAAUAGCGAGGAUGAUGUUUGGUUACUGUUUCUUUUUGUUCUCUCCUGAAACAAUUUUGUGCUAUCUUAAAGUUUUUUUUAUGGAAUCAUUGUGGUUUUGUCUUCGCAUCACAUUAACCAGCUCUUGUAACUUUCCAAGAAUCCCACAUUAUGAAACUUGUUGCUUCUAAUGUUCAUAUUA